AUGAAUAUGACUUCGUGGGUUUUCUUGUUAUCCUUUUGCCUCAUAAACCUCAGCAUCAAUAUUGUUUUUGCUACUAGCCAUUGUCUUAGUCAUCAACAAUCUUUGUUGCUCCAAUUGAGAAAAAACCUCAUAUUCAACUCAACUAAGUCCAUAAAACUUGUUCAAUGGAAUCAAAGCAAACAUUGUUGUGAAUGGAAUGGAGUAACAUGCAACAAAAAAGGACAUGUUAUAGCUCUUGACUUAAGUCAAGAAUUUAUCUCUGGACAAGUUGAUAAUAGUCUUUUCAACUUGAAGUAUUUGCAAAGUUUGAAUUUGGCCUAUAAUGAAUUUCAUUCUGAGAUUCAUCCAAAUUUUCAAAACCUAAAGAAUUUGAGGUAUUUGAAUUUAUCAAAUGCUGGUUUUGAGGGAAAAGUUCCAAUUGAAAUUUUCCAAAUACUCUCACUACAUGUGCUUGAUGUUUCUUAUAAUCUUGGUCUUCAUGGUUCUCUACCAAAUUUCCCACAUCAAGGAUCUUUGCACAACUUGAAUCUUAGCCAUACAAAUAUUUCAGGACCAAUUCCAGAGUCUAUUCACAAUUUUAGGCAAUUGUCUACACUAGAUCUAUCAAAUUGUCAGUUUAAUGAGACACUUCCAAAUUCAAUUUCUCAUCUUACCCAACUUGUUCAUCUAGACUUGUCAUUCAACAACUUCACUGGUCCACUUCCAUCUUUUAAUAGGUCCAAGGCCCUCAAAGUUUUAUCCCUCAAUCAUAAUGGUUUCAAGGGUGAAGUUCCAUCUACUCAUUUUGAGGGACUUGUAAACCUCACCAUCAUUGAUUUAGGAGAUAACUCCUUUGAUGGAAGAGCCCCUUCAUCUUUGUUUAGACUUCAAUCUCUUCAACAACUCAUGCUUUAUUACAACAAAUUUGAGGGUAUAUUGGAAGAAUUUCCAAAUGCUUCUUGGUCAUUGUUAGAGAUGGUUGAUUUAAGUGGAAACAAUUUUGAAGGGCCUAUUCCUAUGUCUAUAUUCAAACUUAAAAGACUUCGUUUGCUUCAACUUACCAAAAACAAGUUCAAUGGUACUAUACAACUUGAUGUGAUUGGCAGGCUACAAAAUUUGAGUACACUUGAUCUUGGACACAACAACCUGUCUGUUGAUGCAAAUAUAAGGGAUGAUCGUGAGGCGUCAUCUUUUCCUAAUUUGAAAACUCUUUGGUUGGGUUCAUGCAAUUUAAGAGCAUUCCCUAAAUUUUUGAAAUAUAAAUCCUCAACCAUGCUCUACCUAGACUUGUCAGGAAACCAAAUUUCAGGAACAAUUCCCAACUGGAUUUGGAAAUUUGAUUCUAUGAUCGUUCUUAAUAUUUCCUAUAAUUCUCUAACAAAUUUUGAAGGGCCUUUACAAAAUCUUAGUUCAAAUUUGUUUAAACUUGACCUUCAUUCCAACCAAUUACACGGCAUUGCGCCGACAUUUUUUAAAAAUGCCAUCUAUUUGGACUACUCAAGCAACAGAUUCAGUUCUAUUAGCUUGACAGACAUUGGAAGUCAAAUGCCUUUCCUAUAUUAUCUCUCUCUUUCAAACAACAGUUUUCAUGGAACAAUCCAUGAAUCCUUUUGUAACAUUUCAGGUCUUAAAGCACUUGAUCUUUCCUAUAAUAGCUUCAAUGGAAAAAUUCCUAUGUGUUUGACAAGAAGGAGCAACACUCUUAGGCUACUAAAUCUAGGUGGAAACAAGCUCAAUGACCAUAUUUCAGAUACAUUCUCAACAUCUUGUGAUCUAAGGUUGCUAGACCUCAGUGGGAAUCUUUUGAAGGGAACCAUACCUAAAUCUUUGGCAUAUUGCAAACACCUUCAAGUUCUAAACCUUGGAAACAAUCAAUUAAUUGAUACAUUUCCUUGCUUCUUGAAGAAAAUUUCCUCUCUUAGAGUCGUGAUUUUAAGGACAAACAAAUUGCAUGGCCAUAUUGGAUGUGACAAUAACAAUGGAAAUUGGGAGACACUUCAGAUUGUUGAUCUAGCAGACAACAAUUUUAGUGGUAGAUUACCACCAUCACUUUUACAAAGCUGGCAAGCAUUGAUGAUUGAUGAAGAUAAAGGUGGCAAGUUUGGUCAUUUAUUUUUUAAUCUCUAUGAUAACUUCAAUCCUGUGAAUGUCAAAACAGCAAUAAUAGAUCUUAGUAGUGAACUUCAAAUGAAGUUAGCUAAAGUUAUAGCAGCAGAACCACCUUUUUUGCUUGACCAUAUAGUCUCUCAUAUUUUUGAGGAAGGUGUUGGUCUAAGAAGUUAUGAGGAUUCAGUUACAAUUGUUAACAAAGGUAGACCACAGAAUUUGGUUAAAAUCCUCAUUGCUUUCACUUCAUUGGAUUUCUCAUCUAACAACUUUGAAGGACCAAUACCAGAAGAGCUUAUGAAUCUUACAGCACUGCAUGCUCUUAACUUGUCACAAAAUGCUUUCUCAGGUAACAUACCUUCUUCUAUAGGCAAUCUAAAACAUCUCGAGUCCUUAGACUUUUCUAUCAACUCCUUAACGGGAGAGAUUCCUACAGAGCUUGCAAGUUUAUCAUUUCUUGCAGUCAUGAACGUUUCCUAUAAUCACUUGGUAGGAAAAAUACCAACUGGAACACAAAUUCAAUCAUUUCUAGCAGAUUCAUUUAUAGGAAAUGAAGGGUUAUUUGGACCUCCACUGACUCAAAUUUCAAAUGGAAAAGGGUGCUCACCACCACAACCACAAGCAACUGAAACACAUGAUGAGAGUUCAAAUAUUGACUGGAAUUUCUUAAGUGUAGAGUUAGGAUUCACUUUUGGCUUUGGAACUCUGAUACUUCCUCUUAUUCUUUGGAAGAGAUGGAGAAUAUGGUACUCCAAGAAGGUUGAUGACAUGCUUUAUAGGAUCAUUCCUCAGCUUGAUUUUGUACAUGAACAUCAUGGAGGAAAAAAAUAUAGAACUUUGAGGUGGAAGCCAUACUGA